AUGGCCAUUUUCUGCUGGACAAAUCUUAAUGUGAUAGCAGAUGUGCCCAUCAGUACAGGACUUGUGUCAAUGUGGCUUGUCAGAGACGAGAUAAGGAGUGCAAACACCACCCGAGAAAUGGUCCGUGUGUCGGAGCAUUUCUUCGUUAGCUGUAAAGGUAAAACUUUGCGGUCAAGAACCUGUCCAGGCAGAGCUCCAACAAAGGAGGGAGGGGUCCUGGUACAACUCCAACACAGGAGGGAGGGGUCCUGGUACAACUCCAACACAGGAGGGAGGGGUCCUGGUACAGGUUCAACACAGGAGGGAGGGGUCCUGGUACAGCUCCCAACACAGGAGGGAGGGGUCCUGGUACAACUGGAACACAGGAGGGAGGGGUCCUGGUACAACUCCAACACAGGAGUGAGGGGCCCUGGUACAACUUCAACACAGGAGGGAGGGGUCCUGGUACAACUCCAACACAGGAGGGAGGGGUCCUGGAGGGAGGGGUCCUGGUACAACUCCAACACAGGAGGGAGGGGUCCUGGUACAACUCCAACACAGGAGGGAGGGGUCCUGGUACAACUCCAACACAGGAGGGAGGGGUCCUGGUACAGGUUCAACACAGGAGGGAGGGGUCCUGGUACAGCUCCCAACACAGGAGGGAGGGGUCCUGGUACAGGUUCAACACAGGAGGGAGGGGUCCUGGUACAACUCCAACACAGGAGGGAGGGGUCCUGGUACAACUUCAACACAGGAGGGAGGGGUCCUGGUACAACUCCAACACAGGAGGGAGGGGUCCUGGUACAACUCCAACACAGGAGGGAGGGGUCCUGGUACAACUCAAACACAGGAGGGAGGGGUCCUGGUACAGCUUCAACACAGGAGGGAGGGGUCCUGGUACAACUCCAACACAGGAGGGAGGGGUCCUGGUACAACUCCAACACAGGAGUGAAGGGCCCUGGUACAACUCCAACACAGGAUAGAGGGGUCCUGGUUCAGCUUCAACACAGGAGGAAGGGGUCCUGGUACAGCUUCAACACAGGAGUGAAGGGCCCUGGUACAACUCCAACACAGGAGGGAGGGGUCCUGGUAAAACUCAAACACAGGAGGGAGGGGUCCUGGUACAGCUCCAACACAGGAGGGAGGGGUCCUGGUACAACUCCAACACAGGAGGGAGGGGUCCUGGUACAACUUCAACACAGGAGGGAGGGGUCCUGGUACAACUCCAACACAGGAGGGAGGGGUCCUGGUACAACUCCAACACAGGAGGGAGGGGUCCUGGUACAACUUCAACACAGGAGGGAGGGGUCCUGGUACAACUCCAACACAGGAGGGAGGGGUCCUGGUACAACUCCAACACAGGAGGGAGGGGUCCUGGUACAACUGGAACACAGGAGGGAGGGGUCCUGGUACAACUCAAACACAGGAGGGAGGGGUCCUGGUACAACUCCAACACAGGAGGGAGGGGUCCUGGUACAACUCCAACACAGGAGGGAGGGGUCCUGGUACAACUUCAACACAGGAGGGAGGGGUCCUGGUACAGCUCCCAACACAGGAGGGAGGGGUCCUGGUACAACUCCAACACAGGAGGGAGGGGUCCUGGUACAACUUCAACACAGGAGGGAGGGGUCCUGGUACAACUCCAACACAGGAGGGAGGGGUCCUGGUACAACUCCAACACAGGAGGGAGGGGUCCUGGUACAACUCCAACACAGGAGGGAGGGGUCCUGGUACAGCUUCAACACAGGAGGGAGGGGUCCUGGUACAACUUCAACACAGGAGGGAGGGGUCCUGGUACAGCUCCCAACACAGGAGGGAGGGGUCCUGGUACAACUUCAACACAGGAGGGAGGGGUCCUGGUACAACUCCAACACAGGAGGGAGGGGUCCUGGUACAACUCCCAACACAGGAGGGAGGGGUCCUGGUACAACUCCAACACAGGAGGGAGGGGUCCUGGUACAACUCCAACACAGGAGGGAGGGGUCCUGGUACAACUCCAACACAGGAGGGAGGGGUCCUGGUACAACUCCAACACAGGAGGAAGGGGUCCUGGUACAACUCCCAACACAGGAGGGAGGGGUCCUGGUACAACUCCAACACAGGAGGGAGGGGUCCUGGUACAACUCCAACACAGGAGGGAGGGGCCCUGGUACAACUUCAACACAGGAGGGAGGGGUCCUGGUACACUCCAACACAGGAGGGAGGGGUCCUGGUACAACUCCAACACAGGAGGGAGGGGUCCUGGUACAACUCCAACACAGGAGGGAGGGGUCCUGUUACAACUCCAACACAGGAGGGAGGGGUCCUGGUACAACUCCAACACAGGAGGGAGGGGUCCUGGUACAACUCCAAAAAAGGAGGGAGGGGUCCUGGUACAACUUCAACACAGGAGGGAGGGGUCCUGGUACAGCUUCAACACAGGAGGGAGGGGUCCUGGUACAGCUUCAACACAGGAGGGAGGGGUCCUGGUACAGCUUCAACACAGGAGGGAGGGGUCCUCGUACAACUCCAACACAGGAGGGAGGGUCCUGGUACAACUCCAACACAGGAGGGAGGGGUCCUGGUACAACUCCCAACACAGGAGGGAGGGGUCCUGGUACAACUCCAACACAGGAGGGAGGGGUCCUGGUACAACUCCAACAAAGGAGGGAGGGGUCCUGGUACAGCUCCCAACACAGGAGGGAGGGGUCCUGGUACAACUCCAACACAGGAGGGAGGGGUCCUGGUACAACUCCAACACAGGAGGGAGGGGUCCUGGUACAACUCCAACACAGGAGGGAGGGGUCCUGGUACAACUUCAACACAGGAGGGAGGGGUCCUGGUACAACUCCAACACAGGAGGGAGGGGUCCUGGUACAGCUUCAACACAGGAGGGAGGGGUCCUGGUACAACUCCAACACAGGAGGGAGGGGUCCUGGUACAACUCAAACACAGGAGGGAGGGGUCCUGGUACAACUCCAACAAAGGAGGGAGGGGUCCUGGUACAACUCCAACACAGGAGGGAGGGGUCCUGGUACAACUCCAACACAGGAGGGAGGGGUCCUGGUACAACUCCAACACAGGAGGGAGGGGUCCUGGUACAUCUCCAACACAGGAGGGAGGGGUCCUGGUACAACUCCAACACAGGAGGGAGGGGUCCUGGUACAGCUUCAACACAGGAGGGAGGGGUCCUGGUACAACUUCAACACAGGAGGGAGGGGUCCUGGUACAACUCAAACAGGAGGGAGGAGUUCUGGUACAACUGCAACACAGGAGGGAGGGGUCCUGGUACAACUCAAACAGGAGGGAGGAGUUCUGGUACAACUCCAACACAGGAGGGAGGGGUCCUGGUACAACUCCAACACAGGAGGGAGGGGUCCUGGUACAACUUCAACAGAGGAGGGAGGGUCCUGGUACAACUCAAACACAGGAGGGAGGGGUCCUGGUACAACUCCAACACAGGAGGGAGGGGUCCUGGUACAGAUUCAACACAGGAGGGAGGGGUCCUGGUACAACUCCAACACAGGAGGGAGGGGUCCUGGUACAACUCCAACACAGGAGGGAGGGGUACUGGUACAACUCCCAACACAGGUGGAAGAGAUCGUGGUACAUAUUUAA